AUGCUGUUCGCGGCGGUGAUCGUGCUCUCGUGGCUGAUGACCACGUGCGGAAUCUUUGUGUUCCUCACCCUCUCGAACACGGGACAACCGGCCGAAUACGGUAGAUACGGCAGUGCCGAGAAGAAGAAGAAGAAGGAGAAGGAGAAGACGUCCGGAUGGACGGUGCAAUCGGACGUCGGAUGGAUGCUCCAGGAGUCGCCGGCCUUCUUCAUCCCCCUCUUCUUCUACUGGACCGACGAACAUCAGAGCGCAUUCGGUCUCUUUUUGACGGCGCUCCUGCUCUUCCACUACACGUACCGCACCUUCAUCUACCCGUUCCUCGUCCGCUCCGUCUCGCGGACGCCCCUCCGAAUCGUCGCGAUGGGAUACGUGUUGUGCACGUGGAACGGGUUCAUUCAGUCGGUUUGGAAUGCACACUUCCAGCCGGAUUACGACGAAUUCUAUCCGCAAUUCUUGAUUUAUAUCGGCGUUUUCCUCUUUUUCGUGAGUUGUUUCUUGCACACAAAAACAAUGACCGUUUUUCAUGGAAUUUCAGACCGGAUUCGUAAUCCACGUCAUCUCGGACGUCCGCCUGAUUUCUCUCCGCUCCUACCGUAAUCCGAGCACCUACAGUAUCCCGAACGGCCUUCUCUUUCGCUGGAUCUCGUGUCCCAACUAUUUUGGCGAAUGCCUCGAAUGGAUCGGAUUCGCGGUGGCCGCCCGCAGUUUUCCGGCCAUCGCCUUCGCGUUUUUCACCGUUUCCCGCCUGGCUCCGCGAGCAUUUUCCCACCACAAAUGGUAUUCGGAACGGUUCGGAGACGAGUAUCCGAAGGAGAGGAAGGCGUUGAUUCCGUUCGUUUGGUGA